AAUUUAUAUAUAGAUAUGCUUAAUCGUGUUAUUAACAUAGGAUUCCGGAAAGCAUUACCAUAAUACACAUUCUCAUCAAGAAGUAAACAACUUAACUUAAAUCAACUAGAUGGCCCAUAUAAUCCAAACAGAUAUAGACACUACCUUAACCCAAACUUUUUCUAAUCCAAUAAGGAAAUUGCUGACAUUGCCAAAUCAUAGUAAGUCCCUCUACCAGGUAUUUUAAAUUAAUUACUACUUCAGUUCGUAAUGUAAGACAUGUCAAUCCAGUCAGAUAAUCUGGUCCUCUUCCUCCUUAUGAUGGUCCCUAUACGUAAUUUUAUACUUCAUAUUGUAAAUUAGAAUGGAAGAUGUAAGAGCUGUUUGGUAGAACACUUCUAUUGGUAGAUAAGGAACAUGGAGUUGUUAAAUGGAUCCUGAUGAAAUCAUGAGAAGAGUCCCAGGUUUCUUACUCAUUCUAUUUUUAUAGGAAUAACUAGAAGAGAAGUUGAAAAGAUCUUAAAUAUGGGAUUAACACCAUAAGAAUAAGUUGAUUUUGCAUAUUUGGUUUAUAAUUGUGGAUUUGAUGUUGAUUAUGUCCCAAAUAGUGUUUAUGUUGCAAGAUAGGUUGUUACAAAUUCUAAAGGAGAAAAAGUUGAAAUCCUAUGGAAUGUCUAAGUACUUGAAGAUUUAGCUAAAUUACCUGUUGGUUUUGCUCCUGUGAGGGAAUUGAUUGAUUAUCAUUGGGAAAUUUUCCUUUGGUCAGAUCCAAUGAUCAAACCUACAGGUGAUUUGGAUCUUGGUGUUCCUAAUACUUGGUUUGAAUAUGAAUGUGAAUGUAAUUAUAUCCUUUUUAUAUCUUUUAUAGGGGGAGGUGAAAUGGUUGGAAUUGAAGAUUAAUUCAAUAUCCCAGAAAGUGAUAGAGUAUUCCCAUCUCCAAAAAAUCCAAAUUGUAGAAGAGAACUAUGGAAGUCUUAAGAUGAUAUACAAGAAUAAUUAGAAAUGGAAGGUAUAAAAAAGUUAAAUAAUUAUUUAGAUGAAAAUUGGUAUCCUAAAGGAACUUCAUAUAAUAUCUAUCAAUAAGCAGACUAUAAAAAAGUAACUAAAUCAGAUAGCACAUUUUAAGAGAAGAUAUGAUCAUUUAAACAUAUUCAUCAAAUUAUAUAAUCAAGAUGGGAU